AUGAAGCUCAACAUUUCAUACCCGGCCAACGGGUCGCAGAAGCUGAUCGAGAUUGACGAUGAGCGCAAGCUCCGUGCCUUCAUGGAGAAGCGUAUGGGAACUGAGGUCCCUGGCGACGGUCUCGGUGAUGAGUUCAAGGGCUACCUCUUCAAGAUCACUGGUGGUAACGACAAGCAAGGUUUCCCCAUGAAGCAGGGUGUCCUCCUCCCCAACCGUGUCAAGCUCCUCCUCGCCGAUGGUCACAGCUGCUACCGCGCCCGCCGCACCGGUGAGCGCAAGCGCAAGUCUAUCCGCGGUGCCAUCACCGGCCAAGACUUGGCUGUCCUCGCCCUCAGCAUCGUCAAGCAGGGUGAAAACGAGAUCCCCGGUUUGACCGACGUCGUCAACCCCAAGCGCCUUGGUCCCAAGCGUGCUACCAAGAUCCGCAAAUUCUUCGGUCUCGACAAGAAGGACGACGUCCGCAAGUUCGUUAUCCGUCGUACCGUCACCAAGGAGGGCAAGAAGGACUACACCAAGGCCCCCAAGAUUCAGCGUCUUGUUACUCCUCAACGCUUGCAGCGCAAGCGUCAUCGCAUUGCCAUCAAGCGCCGCCGUGCUGAGGCUGCCCGUGAGGCUGCUAACGACUACGCCAAACUCCUCGCUUCCCGUGUCCACGAAGAGAAGGCCAAGCGCACCGAACUCCGCAAGCGCCGUGCCUCUUCCUUGAGAAAGUAA